AUGGCCGACGCUAGUGGCCCCGUCUCCUCCUCCCCCGAAUCCAAGCUUGACGCCGACCCGCCCGUCGAUACUCCCCCAGUCAAGUCCGACCCCAAAGCUCCCGUCUCUGUCUCCGAUCCCGUUCCCAAAAAGUCCGUGUGUUCCAAGCAUGCGGCAAAAGACCAGGAUCCCAACCGCUCGAAAAAGAAAAAAUCUCACCGCAAGGCCGCCUCCAUCGUGACCCCCAGCGAUGACAGCUCGUCGGAACUAAAUUCCUCGUCCGAGGAAUCCAGCGCGGAAUCUACCUCCGACGACGAAGAUGCUCAGUCGGCCUCGGAGUCCGACGCGGAGUCGGAUCGCAAACAGCGUCGCCGCCGGGCCAAGAACAAGAUCAAGAAAUCGCUGAAAAGUGUGAGCCGUAAGAAGAAGAGCCGGUCGCACCAGACUGAAUCGGCCGAUUCCGAUCUCGAGGACAGUAGCGACUCCGAUUCGUCUCUUGACGAAAAGACCCUGAAGAAGCUGGUCGCCAAGCUCAAGGCGAAGAGGUCCAAGAAGUCGCGCUCCAAGGAUGACUCUUCCGAAGAGCAACAAGACGACGAUGACGAUGCGGACGAGGAUGCCGACGCCGACGAGCUCGCCCUUCUGUUAGCCAAGCAAAAGUUGGCUUCCUUGCGAGUCAAGUUGGCCGAUGGGCGUCGCAAAGGCCGAGGCAGGCGUGGCUCGGGUGACGGUAACACUGACGGCCAGAAAGGGAGCUCGCAAAAGUCCAAGGGACGCAAGAAGGCUGCCUCGAAGAUUGCCUUUAAGCGUGUAGAUCAGCUGUGGGACAAUACGAUUCACAACUUCAAGCUCACGGAGACGGUCGACGACCCCGAUGCAAACGAGUGGGACCAAUACCUCUUCACCGUGCGCCGCAAGUUCGACUGGGACAACAAGUAUCUGGAAACUGUAGUAGACCUCAAGAGCAAGUACCUGCGCGAUGCGCUGUCCAAGGUCAUGGAUGGAGUCAAGGGCGUCAGCUUGGUGCAAGAGACGGCGGUUGUCGAUCCCAACAUGCUCUUCCUCUACCUUGAGGAGACGCGGCAGUACAUGAAAGAUCUCCGGCAGCUGGCCAAGACCGAAAAGAAGAAGAAAGCCCGCAAGCUCGCCGAAAUCAAAGCAUCACAUCUCAAGGUGCUCGUCAAGUAUCUGGACACCGACUAUGCCGAAACCAAGAAGACCCUCUACCCUCUGUUGGACUCCAGCAUGAUCACCUUUGAUCUCCUAUGGGCCAUCUUCAAGCCCAACACCGUCGCCUACUCCUCUACCUACGGAAACCAGGAUGAGCCUCGUGCCUUCAAGAUCGAGUACGCCACCAAGGAGUCCUCCUUCAUGAAAGGUCAGUGGUACAGCAUCGAGGGUCGUUAUCUCGAGUACGAUGGUAAAGCUUUCGGUAUGGGGACUAUGGCCGCCGAGGUGGAGUCCUUCAAGGGUGCCCGCAAAAUUACCAGUCUUAGCUGUUAUCCGCUCAAGUAUCAUCGCGAAGCCGAGAGUGUCAAGGCCAAGCUGAUCGAGCGAGGUAAGAAAUUCGUGGCGCUGCGAGGCAUGAACUACCGGUAUCACAAGGGUAUGGCUUUCUACAAAAAGAAGCGGUCCGUCAUCAAGGUCAACAUCAAUGGCCGUGUCAUGGUUGAUCCCGCCAUCCACCGGCGCAUCAAUCCCAACUACCCCAUCAGCACCGUCCGUCCCAAGGACCCAGACUACCUUGACGGCUCCGACGAUGAUGGCAGCAACAAUGGAUGCUGCUGUAUUCUGUCCGACUCAGAAUCAGAACAAACCUAUGGGCAACCGCGCGACUCAGACACCCCUCAACUCCUAUUCAAAGUGGUACGGGACAAGGAGGGCAAGCCGCACGUCGUCGAGGUUGAGCUAGAUGAGAACGGCAAUGAAAUUGUCAAGGAGAACAUGGACGAAGUCGCGGACCCCUCCGACCGCGAAUUCACCGAAGAGGAGCUCCUCAUCGCAAGCCCCGUGGUACUCGGCUUCGCCUUCAGUGAGAAGCUGUGGCUUGAGUUCAGCAUUUCGGGCAUCAGUGAGAUUGAAUGGAACGAAGAUGCCUUUGAUUCACUGGUCCUCCCCGACAACCAGAAGUCCAUCGUCAAGGCAUUGGUCGAGUCGCACACCUUCCGCGCGGCCCAGAACAUCGACGAUGUCAUCCAAGGCAAGGGCAAGGGUCUCGUGGCCGUGCUCCACGGACCUCCUGGUACUGGUAAAACUCUUACUGCCGAAGGCAUCGCAGAGCUCCUUAAACGCCCGCUCUACAUGGUGAGCGCGGGUGAGCUGGGCACCGAUCCGCGCACCCUUGAAGCAGAGCUGAACAAGAUCCUUGACAUCGCACAUUCCUGGGGCGCCGUUCUGCUGCUCGAUGAAGCCGAUAUUUUCCUGGAGAAGCGCACCAUCCAGGAUAUUCACCGCAAUGCCCUAGUCAGUAUCUUCCUGCGGUUGCUGGAGUACUUCCAGGGUAUUCUCUUCCUGACCACCAACCGCGUCGAGACAUUUGAUGACGCCUUCCAAUCCCGCAUCCACGUCGCUCUGCGCUACGGUGAACUCACCACGAAGGCGAAGCGAAGCGUCUGGAAGAUGUUCUUGGAGCGGGUGCAGGCCAAGGAGGGCGUGGAGACCGCCACGUUCACAGAAAAGGACUUUGAUCUAUUAGCUCGUCAUAACCUCAACGGGCGUCAGAUCAAAAACUCCGUUCGCACAGCCCAAGCAUUGGCUGUUAACGAGCAAAACCCUCUAUCCAUGGAACACAUCCGACGUGUCCUGGAGGUCGCCGAAACCUUCGAUCGAGACCUUCGCGGAGGUUCAGGAUACCUUGAUGCCAUGAGAAGUUAUACCUAG